CUCACGCGAAACGCCCCACCACGCGCCUCCCAAAACCCCAACCGCUCCCUUUAUAAACCGCUCUUCUUCCACCAUUCCAUUCUUGUGCUAAGCGUGACGGAAAACCGCCCAGCGUUUGCCGCUUCUCCGAAUUAGGUAUUUAACAAAUAUUGCAAAGAUGGUGUCAAGUGAGUUGUCUCGGGAAGAGAAUGUCUACAUGGCAAAGUUGGCUGAGCAGGCCGAGAGGUAUGAGGAAAUGGUUGAGUUCAUGGAGAAGGUUGCCAAGACAGUGGAUGUAGACGAAUUAUCCGUGGAGGAAAGGAACCUUCUUUCUGUGGCUUACAAAAAUGUGAUUGGUGCAAGGAGGGCCUCGUGGAGGAUCAUCUCUUCGAUUGAGCAAAAGGAGGAGAACCGUGGGCAUGACGACCUUGUCAAAACAAUUAAGGAAUACAGGGGAAGAAUCGAGACAGAGCUCAGCAAGAUAUGUGAUGGCAUUUUGAACCUUCUCGAGACCCACUUGAUUCCCUCGGCUUCUGCUGCCGAGUCUAAGGUGUUUUACUUGAAGAUGAAAGGUGAUUAUCAUAGGUACCUUGCAGAGUUCAAGACCGGGUCUGAGAGAAAGGAAGCAGCUGAGAGCACUUUGUUGGCAUACAAAUCUGCUCAGGACAUUGCAUUGGGUGAAUUGGCUUCGACUCACCCCAUCAGACUAGGACUUGCCCUUAACUUCUCUGUCUUCUAUUAUGAAAUCCUCAACUCACCUGAGCGUGCUUGCAACCUCGCCAAGCAGGCCUUUGAUGAAGCUAUAUCAGAGCUAGAUGCACUUGGUGAAGAAUCUUACAAGGACAGCACACUGAUCAUGCAGCUUCUUAGAGACAAUUUAACAUUGUGGACUUCUGAUGCUGCGGAUGAUGCUGGAGAUGAGAUCAGGGAGGCAUCAAAGCGGGAAUUGGGCGCCGAGGGGCAGCAGUGACUUUUACCAUUUUGUUAUAAACUUUCACUAAUUUUAUUUUCACUGCUAUGAAUGAAUUUACAAUGACAUUAUGGUUUGUCCGAUUGGGUGACUUUCCUGUGUGCUAAAUAUUAUUUUAUGGGAUGCCAAAAUGCCAUUUUAUUCCUAUUUGUUUUUUUUCUUUUUUUGGCUUUGCGAGAUUUAUUGGUCAAUUUUCGAAAAUGAAAUGCUUCUAUGUUG